CAAAAACCAGUUUGCAUAUAACAUCAGUAGACGAUGCAGAAUGUCUCCGAUCUAAAGAGCUCCUUUCGACCCCGAACAGUCACACUUCUUCUAAUUCAAAGUCCACCCGCAACAUCCCUCGAAGACAUACAGUAGGUGGCCCUCGCAGUUCCAAAGAAAUACUGGGAAUGCAAACCUCAGAAAUGGACAGGAAGAGAGAGGCUUUUCUUGAGCAUCUGAAACAGAAAUAUCCCCACCAUGCCACAGCAAUAAUGGGACACCAGGAGAGGCUGAGAGAUCAGACAAGAAGCCCAAAGCUGUCUCAGAGCCCACAGCCCAAUCUGAGUGACCAGACUGAACACCUCUCUGAAGCAUCUGCCGAUUCCUUAGAGGCCAUGUCUGAGGGUGAUUCUCCAACCCCCUUUUCGAGGGGCAGCCGCACGCGGGCGAGUCUUCCUGUUGUGCGGUCAGCAAACCAAACAAAGGAAAGAUCACUGGGUGUAUUAUAUCUUCAGUAUGGAGACGAAACAAAGCAGUUGAGGAUGCCGAAUGAAAUCACAAGCACAGACACAAUUCGUGCCCUUUUUGUAAGUGCCUUCCCCCAGCAGCUGACAAUGAAAAUGCUGGAAUCACCUAGUGUCGCCAUUUACAUCAAGGAUGAGAGCAGAAAUAUAUACUAUGAAUUGUGUGAUGUGAGGAAUAUUCAAGACCGAUCUUUCCUUAAAGUUUACAACAAAGAUCCUGCACAUGCAUUUAAUCAUACUUCCAGAGCUGUAAAUGGAGAUAUAAGGAUGCAGAGGGAAAUUGCUUAUACAGGACGAGAUGGCCCAAGCGCUUCCCGCCCCGGAUCUGCCACGCACCCUCUGCACGCGAUGCCCAGCUCUCCGCCCUCCACCCCGGUGCCCCACUCCAUGCCUCCCUCUCCGUCCAGGAUUCCCUAUGGCCGGCCCAUGGGUGUGCCUGGCAAUGCCACCAUCCCCAGGGACCGGCUGUCCAGCGUGCCAGCCUCGCGCUCCAUAUCGCCCAGCCCCAGCGCCAUACUGGAGAGACGGGACGUCAAGCCAGAUGAGGACAUGAGUAACAAAAACCUAACCCUGAUCCGAAAUGAAGGUCUGUACGGUGACCCUUACUUGUUCCACGAGGGGAGGAUGAGUGUGGCUGCACCCCACUCCGGACACCCCCUCGAUGUCCCUGAUCACAUUGUAGCCUACCAUCGCGGUGCCAUGAGGUCGUCAAGCACUUACUGCAACCCCUCUAUGCAGCCUGAAAUGCUGGAGCAGUCCUUGUACAGACAAAAGUCACGAAAGUACGCGGAGAGCCAUUUGCCCACCCUCGGCUCUAAAACACCUCCUGCCUCACCCCACAGGGUGGCUGACAUGAGAAUGAUUGAUAUUCAUCCUCACCAUGGCACUCACAUUCCCUCCCACACCAUCCAGCCUGACAGGUCCUCCCCCAGCCGCCAGUCCUUCAAAAAGGAGCCAGGACUGCCUGUGUUUGUGGAUGCAAAAGCACGGAGCGCGAUCGGCCUCCCAGGCAUGGCCGAGGUAAUGCCCUCUCCAGUGGACAAGCAGGCUUUUGGCUAUGGGUCACCUGUGAUGCCCAAAGACAAGGAGACAAGAGAGAGGAUACAAGCCAUGGAGAAACAGAUUGCCAGUUUAACUGGUCUUGUUCAGUCUGCGCUUUUUAAAGGGCCAAAUACAAGUAAUAGCAAAGAUGCUUCUAGUGAGAAGAUGAUGUUGAAAAUUGUGUCCAGCAAAAGCAGUGUUGACACUGCAGGUGCUGCUAACAUCUCUGUGGGGAAGAAUGCACUGGCAACUGUGGAGUCUGCUGUCAUCCAUCACCCUGCUGGAGCCUCAUCAAUGCAAGUCAGUCUGCAUGGCAUGAAACGCAACGUGUCGGAUCUGCGGCUGCAGCUGCAUCAGAUGAAGCAGCUACAGCUGCAGAACCAGGAGAUGCUGAGGGCAAUGGUGAAGAAAGCAGAGCUGGAAAUCAAUGGCAAAAUGAUUGAAACAGUGAAGAGGCUUGAAGAUCCUGUGCAGCGACAGCGCAACCUGGUGGAACAAGAAAGGCAGAAAUACCUCAACGAGGAAGAAAAAAUUGUGAAGAAAUUAUGUGAGCUGGAGGCAUUUGUUGAAGACCUGAAGAAGGAUUCUGCUGCUUCCAACAAGACAGUUACACUGAAAGAUGUUGAAGAUGGGGCCUUUCUUUUGCGUCAAGUAGGAGAAGCUGUUGCCACCCUGAAAGGAGAGUUCCCAACAUUGCAGAACAAAAUGCGUGCAAUCCUCCGGAUUGAGGUAGAAGCCGUGAGGUUCCUGAAGGAAGAACCACACAAGCUAGACAGCUUGUUGAAACGUGUGCGCAGCAUGACCGAUAUCCUUACCAUGCUCAGGAGACAUGUUACAGAAGGACUUCUGAGGGGUGUGGAUCCAUCCCAAGCCAUGCAAUAUUCUGCUAUGGAAAAGUCCACUGCAGCUGACACUCUGAAAAACCAAGAGGAGCACAAGCCUGCCCAGGGACAUGCACAGCAAAACCUCACACAAAUCACAUCAGAGUCCCAGGUGUCAUCUGUCAAGUCAGAAGUUAUCCCCUUCUCCACCAUGACUGUCCAUCACGUGCAGAGCUCCCCUGUUGUCAUCCAUCAGUCUCAGCACUCGUCAGCCCUGGUCAAUCAUGCCCAGGGUUCACCUCCUGCAGCCAGCCAUGGUGAAGGUGUGCCAGCAGGUGGUCACCUCUCAGCCACCCCACCAGCCCUCCUGCAAGAGUCCACAACAGGAUCCCAGCCCACACAAGCCACACCAGCACCACAGGUCUCUGUCAAUGGCACUACCAUGCAAAGUCUUUUCAUUGAGGAAAUUCACAGUGCAAGUACCAGAAACCGAGCUGUAUCAAUUGAGAAAGCUGAAAAGAAAUGGGAAGAAAAAAGACAAAACCUUGAUCACUAUAACGGAAAGGAAUUUGAAAAGCUCUUGGAAGAGGCCCAGGCCAAUAUAAUGAAGUCAAUUCCUAACCUGGAGAUGCCUCCCCAGCCAGCAGCCCUGCCUAAAGGGGAUGCAGCAGAAAAGCUGGAAGUCUCAGAAGAGGUUCCUGAUGGAGAACAGGAUAAUGACAAGGUGACUAAGUCUCCACCUCCUCCACCUCCACGGCGCAGUUACCUGCCAGGGUCGGGACUAACCACAACGAGAUCAGGAGAUGUCGUCUAUACAGCCAGAAAAGAGGCUGCUGCUGUCAAGGAAUGCAGUGAAGAUGCUGGGCAAAUAGCACAAUCCAAAGCCCCUAAAGAGGAUCAGGCACUGUCUCGGAGCACAGGGCAUGCUGUAGCAUCAGCUGCAAAAGAUGAAGAGGAAGAGGAAGGAGAUAAAAUAAUGGCAGAAUUACAG